CAGUUACAGUUGUUUUAUCUUGUCAUUCAUAGUAUCACCACCUGUUGCGGUAUCACAUUAUAUAAACCAAUAUCAUCAGACUGACCAAACUAAUCCUGCUGAGACCAGACAAGUUAUGAUUUCCAAUAGCUGAUAUGAAGACUGAUCACUGUGUGUGUGUCUGGAUGUGUGUGUUUAUGGGGGAGUGAAUAGUGGAGGGAGGGUGUGUGGGUGUGUGUAACAGCCUGAAUAACGUCAGUGGUUACUGUGGAGCUGCGUGGUGCGUUUUGGUGCGUUUGGUUUGUUGGAGUCCUGCAGGAGCAGCUUCUCGGAACAUGGAUCCACUCUACAACAACACCGACACCGGUUCUACUAACGCCUCUAACGGAACCACCGGAGACGGAUUCAACCAGUUCAUCCAGCCGGGCUGGCAGAUCUCUCUGUGGGCUGUGAUGUACUGCAGCAUGGUGCUGGUGUCUGUGGUCGGGAACAUGGUGCUCAUCUGGAUCAUCCUGGCGCACAAACGCAUGAGGACCGUCACCAACUACUUUCUGGUGAACCUGGCCUUCGCCGAGUCGGCCAUGUCAGCGUUCAACACGGUCAUCAACUUUGCCUACGCUGUUCACAACGAGUGGUACUUUGGUUUGGUUUACUGCCGCUUCCACAACUUCUUCCCCAUCGCAGCCAUAUUCGCCAGCAUUUACUCCAUGACGGCCAUCGCUCUGGACAGAUACAUGGCCAUCAUCCACCCGCUGCAGCAGAGGCUGACGUCUACGGAGACCCGCGUGGUGAUGGCUGUGAUCUGGGUUCUGGCUCUGCUGCUCGCCUUCCCUCAGUACUACUUCUCGUCCACGGCGCUGCUGCCCGGACGCACCGUCUGCUACAUCGACUGGCCCGAGUACACCACGGUGGACUUCAAGAAGAUAUACUAUGUGUGUGUGACACUGCUGAUCUACUUCCUGCCACUUUGCAUUAUGGGAUGUGCGUACACGAUCGUGGGCUUCACCCUCUGGGCGAGUGAGAUUCCCGGAGACUCCUCCGAACACUACAAACAGCAGCUGAUCGCCAAACGCAAGGUGGUGAAGAUGAUGAUCGUGGUGGUGUGUACCUUUGCCGUCUGCUGGCUGCCGUAUCACAUCUACUUCCUACUGCACCAGUUCUUCCCCGACCUGUUCGAGCAGCGCUACAUCCAGCAGGUGUACCUGGCCGUGAUGUGGCUGGCCAUGAGCUCCACCAUGUACAACCCCAUCAUCUACUACUGCCUCAACAGCAGGUUCAGAGCAGGUUUCCAGCAGGUGUUUUGUUGCUGUGGUAACUCCGGCGCCACGGACGAGCUGGAGCUCAAGUCACCGCGCUACCUGCAAACACAGGUGAGCAUCUACCGAGCCAGUCGGAUGGAGAUCGUCGUUUCCACCUCCGUCCACCCGGCUGCAGCGGCGGAGCUGAAGAGGGCCGAGCUGCCGUCCUGCAGCCCUCACAGCCAGCCUCACGUGGAGGUCACGUCCAACGGCUCGGGCUCAGUGACGUUUACCAAGAGCCCCGACGGCCCCGACGGCCCCGACGGCACCUCGCAGUAGAGCCAACGCCACCAGGUGGUCGUUAAAGGAACAAAGUGUGGAUGUGUGACGAGCGACGGCUCAAACCUGCCGUCAGCUGUCUCUGUUCUGAAGACGCAGUGGAGCUCAGACGCUGUCGUACCGGUCUGGUGAACUAUUCAGCCAUGAUGUUUAGUUCUAACCAGUGAGACGAUGGCGUUAAUACCACAUGGUGACAGCACAGCGGCAGAGAAAGGAAGUGAAAACUAGUGGCGGAAGUACUCGCUCUUUACUUGAGUAUUUACAUUUUCUGCUACUUUAUACUUCUCAGAGGGGGAUAUUGUAUUUAAUCGAUUGUCCACAUUUAAUCAUGAUUAAUCACAUUUUUUUUAUCUGUUCAAAAUUAACCUUAAAGGGAGAUUUAUCAAGUAUUUAAUCCUCUUAUCAACAUGGGAGUGGACAAAUAUGCUGC